UGGCCACUAGAGGGACACACUGAGACGCGCGUUCAACAGGAAAUGUCCUCGCUAAACAAAGCUGGGUAAUGAUCGGCUCGCACAGCAGUGAGUGUUGGAUACAGGAUCAGUGCAAACCCUCGGCUACAGCACAUUUACAGCGAGCUGGCAGCGUGCGCUACCCGCGCCUCUUCUACUAUGCCUUCCAAAAACUCUCAAAACGGAUACAGUGUUGCCCGAUAUAUCCUGCUUUGGUCGCUUGUGCCCCUCAUCACUGCAAAGGGAAAUGACAUGGAGAGUCCAACAAAGAUCCAUGACGCUGAAAAACCUCCCUCUGAGACUCAACUCGACUUGAGAGAAGUGGUUUUUGUCAUCCAGAGCCAGAGGAACUCUUUCCAUGUGCAGCAGGCGGAGAAACUCAGAAAAGACCUUCUGUUGCAGGCUCAAGCUGUUCAAGAGAGUCCCCCUGUCAUCCUGCUCCUGCACACGCUGACAGACAAUGAGGGGGACUGGAGCAUUCUCCCACUACUGCCCUACUUGUCAUCACAGUUUGGCAAGAACUCAUCUUGGAUCAUGUUUCUAGAGGAGGGCACCAGAGUGAAACUGCAUAAACUCCAUGAAGUCCUCAAAAAAUUUGACCGCAGAAAAGAGUGGUUUCUUGGCAAGCCUCUGCAUGAUGAAGAGUCCACCAUCAUCCAUCAUUAUGCUUUCUCUGAGAACCCUGCGGCUUUCGAGUACCCAGACUUCUCUGCAGGAUGGGCGCUUAGCAUCUCUCUGGUCAACAGUUUGACAAGCAAAAUAGAAGAGGAGCCAUUAAAAUCGGACUUCACCAUAGAUCUGAAACAUGAGGUUGCACUGUACAUUUGGGAGGAUGGAAAGGGACCUCGACUGACAGGGGUUGCAGAGCUUUGCACGCUUCCAGAGGACAAACCAAGAGCUCAAUACUGUGCUACCACUGUCAGCAGCCAUUCACCAGUGUGUGGCCAGCCUGUUAAGAGCGACAACAUCUUUGUAGCAGUGAAAACUUGUAAGAAGUUCCAUUCUGACAGAGUUCCUGUGGUGAAGAAAACAUGGGCUAAACGAGCAUCUCUGCUGGAGUAUUACAGCGAUUAUGCCGAUCCUUCAAUACCCACCAUUGAUCUGGGAGUGCCAAACACAGAAAGGGGUCACUGUGGGAAAACAUUCGCCAUCUUGAGGAGAUUUUUGAGCAGUCAUGUGCCCAAGACCGAUUGGCUAUUGAUUGUGGAUGAUGAUACUCUUAUAAGCUUGCCCAGACUGCAGGCCUUGCUGAGCUGCUAUGACUCCAGUGAGCUGGUGUGUCUGGGAGAGCGUUAUGGGUAUGGACUGGGUCAGGGAGGAUACAGUUACAUCACUGGUGGUGGGGGGAUGGUGUUCAGUCGAGAGGCUGUGGUCCAGCUGUUGGUGAGCGGCUGUAAGUGCUACAGUAAUGAUGCUCCUGAUGACAUGGUUUUGGGAAUGUGUCUCAAUGCUCUACGAGUUCCUGUCACACACAGUCCCCUCUUCCAUCAGGAUGGUGUUCAGUCGAGAGGCUGUGGUCCAGCUGUUGGUGAGCGGCUGUAA